UACAUAAAUCGUAAUAUUACUACUAAGUACCAAGUACUUAGCACCUUCCGUUCGGUUUCGCUUACCGAAAAAGUGCCUGGAUCUACCUAGCACAUGAACAAAUUGGGUAGCGGCCGAGGUUCAAUUCACAUGUGCAAGGUCCGAGAGAGACAUCGUCAUCGUUUCUCGCAUAGUACAUUAUGUACGUGUAGCCUUUAGCUUACUCAAUCCUGCGAUCUUCCGAAUCUUUAACUCUCCAACUUUAUCUCGCGUGCUUAACGACUAAACGACUAGACGACUACACAACUUCUUACCGCCGGUUUCCCUAUAUCGUAUCAACUCUCGGUUUAACAAAGUUCGCCAAAAUGAGCUUCAAAAACGACAAAUUUCCUUCUUCAGAGGCAUUCGAUGCUAUCAACGCCGCGUUAAACGCAAGCGAAGCCGAUAAAAAGGAUGCUAUCAAGCAGGGAAAUGCCAUCUUUGCAUUCACCAUAAAGAACAAGGCCGGCGAAACCGAGAGUUGGCAUAUCGAUCUAAAGGAGAAGGGCGCUGUCGGUACCGGCAUUGGGACCAAACCAACAGUUACUCUUGCACUUUCCGACGAAGACUUUGCUAAACUCGUAACCGGUCAAGCUAAUGCGCAACGAUUGUUCAUGUCAGGGAAACUCAAGAUCAAGGGCGAUGUGAUGAAGGCGACCAAGCUACAGCCUAUCCUAGCAAAGGCGCAGACAAAAGCCAAGUUGUAAGAGAUCGUCAGUUGCCUUGGACAUCUCGUCCGGGUUGGAUUGGGUUCUUAAAAAUGUAACAAUCCAUGUGUAUUAUAUAUCAUAAUUACAAACCAAAUUCCUACCACCAAA